AAUUCUGAUACAUCAUUGAAUAAUAAUGAUGUAGUGGCUGCCAAUAACAACGACGAUGAUGAUGAUGAUUAUUCACCAAAAUCUGAUUCAAUAAAUGGUUCAACAACUUCAAUAUCACCACCAUCAUCGUUGAAAACAGAACAGCCAUUUUUGAAUCGUCGAACACGUUCAAUGAUGAAAACAAUCAAUAGAUUGGAAAAUAAUUCAAAUGGUCAUUCGACGUUAAAAGUAGAAAAUAAUGGUGAAAUUGUUUCAUCCGAGCCACAACAACAACAACAACCACCACCACCACCAACAUUACAACAACAAGAUGAUGAUUAUGAAUCAAUCGUUAUGGAUGACGAUGAUGAUGAUGAUUAUGAACCAGAAGAAUCAAAAGAUUAUGAUGAUGUUGAUUAUGUGAUUGGUGGUGAUGUUGAUCGUACGGUACGUGCUUCCAGAUCACAAAAUUCAUCCAAUUCAUCAUCAUCAUCAUUAUCAUCGUCGUCGUCGUCGAAAAAUAAGAAACGUAAAUCAUCAGCAUCAUCAACAAAUGAAACGGGUAAUAAACGUAGCCGUAAAAAAUCGAAACCAAAAACAAUCACUAAAUCAACAAAUGAAGAAAAAGCCACUAAAUCAACAACAAUGACAAAAAAAUCGAAAACAAAUUCAAAUAAAACAAAUUCAACGAUGAAUUCUAUGAAUCAAAAUAAUCAAAAUUCAUCAUCAUCAUCAUCAGGAAUGACAAAUAAUUUUCGUCAUCUAUUUCAACCGAAUGAACAUGAAUUUAAACAGAUAUUUCCACCAGAAUUAUUGACACGUUUAUUUAAAAUGACUAUCGAAUCGAAUGCACCGGAAUCACCAAUCUGGACAUUGAUCAGAUUGGCACAAGUUUGUGAACAUUGGCGACAAUUAAUCAUAACAAGUCCAGCAUUAUGGUCAACAAUUGAUUUAAGUUCAUUGUCGGAAUCACGUUUUCCAAUGGAAAGAUUUCGACGUUUACAUCAGGAAAAUCGCCUUUUUCAAUCAGUACAACAUAUUGAUCUAUCGAAUUGGAAAGCCGAUAUGGCAAAGAAAAUGUUGGAAUUUUUAGCCGAUUGUUCCCAAUAUGAUCUCCAUUCAUUAAGCAUUCGUCGUUGUCGUAAUAUAGCAUCACCAUUUCUUCAAUCUGUUAUUGCCCAUGCGGGUAAUCUUCGUCUAUUGAAUAUAUCCGGUAUCACUGCAUCACAACAGCACAACUGCCAGAAUCCAUUCCAAACACCAUCAUUUAGACCAUUGAUUGAAAGAUGUGGUGAAUCAUUACGUUCAUUUUACAUGUCAGAAAAUAUGAUGACAUCGUUUCCAACCUGUUUUUCAAUGGUUUUGGAAUCAUGUCCAAAUCUUGAAGUGUUGGACAUAUCAAACGUACAUUCAUUGGGAUCUCGUUGUUCGACCAUUCCGAUCGAUAAAUUUCAACAGAGUUGCCCAAAAAUGCGUAUAUUACGUGCAGCAAAUAUUGCAUUUCAACCGAUAAGCCUUGGAUGUAACACUGAUGGUUGGCCACGAUUGGAAGAGCUUAGCAUACCAUUCAAUGUUGAUUAUAUGGUAUCUGCUGGCCAUACUGAUCUUGUUAUUGAACAGUUGACAAAAUCAUCGGAAAAUCUAAAAUUAUUAGAUAUCCGUGGGUCACCAAGUAUAACACCACGUGGUCUAGUUAAAAUACCUGCAUGGUCAUUGAAACAUUUGUCUAUAUCAAAUUGUCCAAAAAUGCAAGAUGAAACACUUGGAAUGGUCUUUCAAAAGUGGAAUAGAUCAUUGAUUGAUGUUGAUCUUUCGUGGAAUAAAUCUGAAUCCUGUAUGGAUGAAUGUGUCCGUUCAAUUUGUGAUGUACCAUCUGAGGAUGUUAAAUUACGUACUAUUGAUCUACGUGGAUCAGCAAUAUCAUUGGAAUCAUUAAGACGAUUAAUAUUACAUUGUGGUGAACAUUUAAUAUCAAUUGAUUUACAAUCAUGUCGUAGUCUACCACGUGGUAUGAAACGUUUAUUUCAAGGUGAAGAAUUUCAACGUUUACGACAAUUAAUGUUGGAUGGCCGUUGUGAUGAUUAAGAUUUGAAUCUAUCUACUAUCAUCAUCCAUUUUCAUGUGGCCUUUUUGUCAUCAACAAGAUUUAUUUAUAUAUUAUCACAUCUCGCUUUUCACCGGUGAAAAUCAUCAUCAUCAUCAUCAUCAAAAUGAAUAAUCAAUUUUAACUUGUAUGCGCGUGCAUACUAUUAUAGAUCACAUUUCUACUAUUUUCAUCUUCGUCUAUACAUUGAGAUGAUAUUCGAUUGAAAAUGGAACAAUCAAUUCAAUUGGUCAUCAAUUAUAUGGUAAAAACUUUAUCAAUUCAUCAUCAUCAAUUUAUGUUGCAAUCUUCAUCAUCAUCAUCAUCAUCAUCAUAUUCAUUAAAUAAUCAAUAUGUCCAUACAUUUAUAAAU